AUGGAACCAGAAGAUGAUGCCACAGAGUACUAUAUAAAAUACAUCGACACAUAUAUCUGGAUGAAGGGUGAACAACGGAAGAUCUACAACAAAAUGACCAGUUCCGCCAUCCGCAAUAAGAUAACUGAAAACACCUUUGAGAAGAUGAAGAAGUUCUUAACGGACCCCAUUCUCUGUCAAUACGACAGCGUCCCGAGUUGUAAACUUGAUUUUGUUCUUCGACUUCUCAAAUCGAUCCACAAAUUGUCGAAAAUGAAAGUUGCUGUCUUAGGGAUGCACCACCGGACACUUGUUGAUAUAGCAAAGAAGUACGAUGGGAAUGUCAUUUCGAAAGACACGAAACCGCGGAAGAACCGGGUUGUGUCGAAGUUAUUAGAAUGUACCGAGACGAGUGGGUUGACUUCUGUCUAUCGGAGGAAUGCGAGUGAAUUUGCGGAAGGUGAGAUUAAACGGAAUUCGUGGCUUGUCUGUGUGAACACGUUAAGUAACUCAGACGAAUUGAAUUUGAGUUCGAUAGAUAUAGUGAUUGAUAUAGGGAAUAGCUAUUCGCCUUUGUUUGAAGAUGACAUCAAAGAGAAGUAUAAAAUGCUCUGUAAGAAGAAUUUGAUAGUUUUUGAGUUGUCGGUGAAAGAAAGUAUCGACGAGAUCACGACGAUGAUGAACGAGAUGGACGAGGAACUGACGCCACAACAAGAACUGAUGGUGUACGGGAAGAUGUUGAAAAUGGACAAAUUUGAUUAUGGGUAUCGAGGAGAACUUGCGCCGAUAGAUGAUGCGAUCUUAGUGAAUGAAUACCUCCCAUUUAAAGAUGAGAUGACCCGACAGUUGGUGCUUGAAAUUGAUGGGAAGUCGAUGGCGAUUGUGUUUGACUUUGAGAAGAAGUUCAUAAUAACGCCAACUAUUUUAGAAGGGAAUUAUGAGGAUUUUGCAAAGCCAAUUGGGGCGAGAGAAGAGAAGGAGAAGAGUGAGAAGGUGGAAGAGAAGAAUGAGCGGAAGGAGAACAAAGAAAGGAGCAAGCAAGUUUCAUUCAAAGCAAAGAAAGGGAAGACUGAAGAGAGUGAGAAGGAGAAUCAGAAGGAUAUGACAAAUCAAAUGAGUGAAGAAAAGAUGCACCGGAAAGAAGAAGAAGACACCCGUCUGAGUAAGAAAAAUGAAAUUAAAGAGAAUGAAAUAUCACCAAAACAAGUCAGUGAAGUUCCUGUGAUGAACAAACAGCCGGAACGUGGGAGUGAUAAAGGAAGUGAAACACUUCAAGAGAAAGAAAAGGAUGUUAACAUAACGCAAAUGGCAGAAGGUGGAAAGGAAAAGAAGAUGGAAAUAGAACCAAUAGAUAAUACUAAUACUAUUAAUAAUACUAUUAAUAGUACUCAUCAGAGUCCAACGAUAAGUCUUGAUUUAAAUGUGGACGAUCAUGUUGCAAAUACGCCAAUGGAAAUUGUGAAUGAGGACAACCCGAUGAAAGAAGUUCACGAAAAGGAGGAAAAGGACAAAUUGAAUGAGUUACCCCUGAUAGAAGAAACUCAUGUGAAUGACUCCACGAAAGGGAUUGAGACGACACUUGCAAAUACAAAUGGAAUUACUAAAGAAGCGAAUUUAAAGCCUGUUCAACACAUUAGAAAAGGACCCCCACAUAUGUAUAAUAAAGAACGGCUGAGUACCACAUUGCCUGAGUUGAAUGUCACCAAUGAAGUGAAACAAAAGGAACUUAUUGAAUUGAAAGAAUCGACGUUUGAGAAGAAUCAACGCCUCAAAAACGAACUUCCGAAUAUUCCAAUUCCGGAGACUAAAGAGGCGGAGGAAGACAUGUCUGAGACGUCGGAAGAGAAUAUCACGGAAAAUGCGCUGCAUACGAUCAUCAAGAAACACGCGCCGAUGAUGAGUGUUGAGAUGACAAAUCAAUGGCUGAUCACUAUUGAAAGUGCGUUGAAGAGAUUUGGAAGGGACGUCAAUAACUGGGACAUCGACUUUGCGCAAUUUGUCCCAUUGACAAAGCAGAAGAUGCAACAACUGGUGGUCGACUUAAUGAUGUCGAGUUCCUUUCCCGCAGACGUGAAGGAGAAUGUGAGGAGUUAUGACGUCAUCCACAAAGCAGUCCAAAUAGUUAAGAACAGAACAAUGGUCUUGCCUUAUCCAACAGAAGACGUGUGUUUAAUGUGGGACUCAUCGUGUGAUGUGACGUUACUGAUAUUAAUUGGUGAGAAGGGAAUGAAUGUGCCAGACUUAUAUAUGACAGACUAUAUCAUUGGCGGAGUUCUCAACCUUUCUGGGAUGCGCGAGCCAGAAAAACAAAGAGAGUUCUUGUUGCGUCGAAUUAAAACGCUCGUGACUACAUAUGAGAAGGCAAGGCUUGUAACUGAGUGA